AUGGCCGCUAAUUUCUGCGGUUGGACACUUCAGGCCCCAAUUCUCUGUAACUUUAGUAGACGCCCAUCAUCCGUCAGAUCUUCCUUCAUACGCUCGUCUUCUUCAAUCUCUUCCAAUGGCAAUCUUCCCAUCAAGGAAUCCUUCCCUGGGGAGGCUGAAGCAGAUGUUGUGGUUAUUGGAAGUGGCAUAGGUGGAUUAUGUUGUGGUGCUUUGUUAGCUAGAUACAAUCAGGAUGUGCUUGUCCUCGAGAGUCAUGACCUCCCCGGCGGUGCUGCUCACUCCUUUGAGAUCAAAGGCUACAACUUUGACUCUGGUCCAUCUUUGUUUUCUGGGUUACAAUCUCGAGGCCCCCAAGCAAACCCACUUGCUCAAGUUCUAGAUGCUUUAGGGGAAUCACUUCCAUGUGCUAAAUAUGACUCUUGGAUGGUCUACUUACCAGAAGGGGAUUUCUUGUCACGCAUAGGCCCUACGGAUUUCUUUAAGGAUCUAGAGAAAUAUGCCGGCCCUAAUGCAGUCCAAGAGUGGGAAAAGCUUCUUGGAGCAAUACUCCCUCUGUCUUCAGCUGCUAUGGCAUUGCCACCAUUGUCUAUCCGCGGGGAUCUUGGUGUUCUCUCCACGGCCGCUGCAAGAUAUGCUCCUUCCCUCUUAAAAUCUUUCAUCAAAAUGGGUCCUAAAGGAGCAUUGGGUGCCACAAAGCUCCUCCGUCCAUUCUCGGAAAUUGUUGAUUCUUUGGGGCUGAAAGACCCGUUUAUACGAAACUGGGUUGAUCUUCUUGCAUUCCUUCUCGCGGGGGUGAAAUCUGAUGGCAUACUUUCAGCAGAGAUGAUCUACAUGUUUGCGGAAUGGUACAAGCCAGGCUGCACGUUGGAGUACCCUAUUGAUGGCAGCGGUGCAGUGGUUGCAGCGCUUGUCCGUGGCUUGGAGAAGUUUGGUGGACGUUUGUCUCUGAAAAGCCAUGUCGAGAACAUUGUCAUCGAGAAUGGUAGAGCCGUUGGAGUUAAGCUAAGGAAUGGUCAAUUUAUUCGAGCAAGAAAAGCUGUGGUCAGCAAUGCAUCGAUGUGGGACACGUUAAAUCUCUUACCACCAGGAGCUCUACCAGACUCAUAUGUUACGGGUGUGAACACGACGCCUCAAUGUGAAUCAUUCAUGCAUCUUCACUUGGGAUUCGACGCAGAGGGAAUAGCAGAUGACCUUGAGAUUCAUCAUAUUGUUGUGAACGACUGGGACCGCGGUGUGGAUGCUGACCAGAAUGUGGUUCUGAUAUCAGUCCCUAGCGUUCUCAGCCCGAACCUUGCGCCCCCGGGAAAACAUGUUCUGCAUGCAUACUUGCCUGGAACCGAACCUUUCAGUCUCUGGGAAGGUCUUGACAGGAGAAGUGCUGAAUACAAAAAUCUCAAAUACCAACGGUCCGAGGUGCUGUGGAAAGCAGUAGAACGGGCGUUAGGGCCGGGGUUUAAAAGAGAGAAAUGUGAGGUGAGUUUGGUGGGAACGCCAUUGACGCAUCAGAGGUUUCUGAGGAGGACUAGAGGAACAUAUGGGCCUGCGAUAGAGGCCGGCAAAGGUACAUUUCCUGGCCAUUCUACUCCAAUUCCGCAGCUUUUGUGUUGUGGUGACUCGACAUUUCCCGGGAUUGGUGUUCCUGCCGUGGCUGCUAGUGGCGCGAUUGUUGCGAAUUCGCUGGUUACCGUUUCUAAGCAUUCCGAGCUUCUCGAUGCUAUAGGCUUGUAG